ACUGUCUAAACAGCCUUUCACUUUCCACCUAUCCAAACAAUUCCAAGCAAGAAAAAUAAAUUCCUUCCAUUUUGCAUCCAAACAGAAUAUAAGAAUGGCGAUGGCUGUUGAAGGAGGACGGACUCUAUCCGAGAUUUAUCAGAAUGCUAAGAAGGUCCUGCUCAUAGCUCGAGACGGCGUCGAGAGAUUGGAGCGUCUCGAGAGUUCAACGUCUAAUGGAAGGUUGGACUUCCCUGAGCUCUCAUUCAAGGUUAAAAAGGACAUCUCUCAGAUCCAGUCCCUUUGCGCUGAAAUGGAUCGUCUCUGGCGCCCAAUCGCUGCUAAACCCCAACGUGAUCUCUGGAAAAGAAAGGUAGAACUAGUAGCAGAAGAAGCUGAAUCAUUAAAACAAAGUCUGGAUAGAUACUUCUCAAGGAAUCAAAGGCGGAUGAGGGAAGCUCAGGAGAGGGCAGAAUUGCUUGGAAGAGCAAAUGGUGAAUCAGCUCAUGUUUUAAGAAUAUUUGAUGAGGAAGCACAAGCAAUGCAGUCAGUUCAAAAUUCAAAAAGGAUGUUGCAAGAAUCUUUAUCAACAGGAACGGCCAUCCUUUCCAAAUAUUCAGAGCAAAGGGAACGCUUGAAGAAUGCACAACGCAAAGCUUUGGAUGUUCUCAACACAGUGGGGCUCUCCAACUCUGUAUUGAGACUCAUUGAGAGGCGGAAUCGUGUAGAUAGAUGGAUCAAAUAUAUGGGAAUGCUCAUAACACUUGCUGUCUUGUAUUUUCUUGUGACUUGGAAUCGUUGAAGUGUUCCUCAUGUUUUUAAUAGGCAUAGCACUUUUUCAUUGCAAAACAAAAGAAUUUGUACAAAGGUUCCUGAAAAUUUGAGAUCACACUGGAAUGAAUUUACAAAGAAAGGCUAUACUUUCCCAUAUUGGAAAUAAGACUCUUCAUCUGUUGCUAUUGCUGCUGAGCAAAUGAAAAUAGGUCGUGGUUUGUGGUUGACGUUGAAUUGAUGGGCAGCUUCUAGGGAAUGGUUUAUUAUAUUGAUUUUGGUUGAUGAAUAGCUUUGAAGCCCUUAGUUUGGUUCUUCUCCCUUUGGUUCUUCUUGCUGAGAUGCAAUUGCUUUCUUCCCUUCAAAUUAAACGAUCAAAUGAAAGGGUUAGGAUUACCCUUAUUCCUUUUCUAUGGGCGUAUGUUAUAGUUCUGGAUGGAGAUGUGAUCAUCUGCAUCAGGAUGGGAAUAUUUCAAUGUAGUUAACUUGAACACGCACGCUGUGAGCAGUUGCAAUCGACUCUCAGCUAACAAUGGUAGCAUCUGCGUGGCUUUGUCAACAAUGCAUGCAGUUUUGUCAAUAAAUAAACACAGCAUUUGGUAUCAUAAGCUGCAAUCAAAGCUUUGCUUUUCUAAAUGCGGUUAGCUCAAGGAACUGCUGUUCGAGUCAUUAUGGUUUUCCAUCUCUGUACUUUUGAGAUUCCCUGACAUGUUUAUUUGUUAUAUUUGCAACUUUAAUUUGUUUUGGUCUUUGUCAUGAGAAAAACCUUCAUAUUCAACUUACCUUAGAAUUGAGUUAAAUUCAUCUGUUUUCACCCAA